UGACUUGGCACACGAGCGGGGAGGGGAGCCGAGCACAAGUCCCCGAAGGAGCGUCGGGGCAAAAAAAAAAACAUUCUUUUACCGGCUUUCAUCGGCAUUCUUCACUCUUUGUGCUUCCCUUGAGCUGACAAAUAGUUCUCGGUGGGAAAUUUAGCCGGCAGAGUCAGAGCCGCCUUGUUGCUGGCUUUUGAGGGAAGCCGCGGACAAAGGAGGCAGUCUGGACUACAACUGACUUGGCAAGAGAAGCUCCGCUGUCGGAAGAAAAACGGAGACUCGGAAGUGAUUUUUUUUUUUUGUUCCACUGAAAAAUGUGAAUCGAAGCGUUUUGAUGGAAAAGCAGUAAUACUGCGUGGGGGGGAGAGACGAGUUUUUUCCCCUUCUGUGGGAAAAGAGGUUCAGCGUUCAGCUUUCAUUUAAGAUCCAAGCAGCAUGGGAGGACUUGUAUACCAGCUAUAAAAUGUACCCGCUACACAGAGAGAGGGAGCAGCCCAUCUUCAGUGCCCGAGCUCAUGUUUUCCAGAUCGACCCGGCGACCAAACGCAACUGGCUGCCGGCCAGCAAGCACGCCGUCACUGUGUCCUUCUUCUACGACGCCAACCGCAACGUCUACCGCAUCAUCAGCGUGGGCGGGACUAAGGCUAUCAUCAACAGCACCAUCACCCCCAACAUGACCUUCACCAAAACCUCCCAGAAGUUUGGCCAGUGGGCUGACAGUCGCGCCAACACGGUUUACGGCCUCGGCUUUUCUACAGAGCAGCAGCUGCAGCAGUUUGCUGAGCAGUUUAAGGAGGUGAAGGAGGCGGCUCGUCUGGCCAGAGAGAAAUCCCAGGAGAGAUACGAACUGGCCAACCCUGCUCUCAACAUCGCUGCCCCACAGGAACUGUCGGAGGAGCGUCAUUCACCGCCACUGCUGACAGUCAACGGCCCAGGAGAGGAAAAGCUGUUUCGCAGUAAAAGUGCAGAAGUGGAGCUUACAGUGGAAAAGGAACGGGUCAAAAAGAUGCUGUCUGAAGGGUCCAUGUGUGAAAUCAACCUGGAGGCAGAGCUGUUCACCCUCCAAGACAGUAAUGCCAAGCUGGUAGCAGCACUGCAAGAAGCCAACAGCAGCGUGGAACAGUGGAAGCAGCAGUUGGCCGAGUACCAGAACGAGACAGAUCGCCUCCGAGAGCAGGUGGCAGAGUUGGAGGCACAGCUUGGUCAUCCUGCUGCUGCUCACACUGAUAAAGAGGAGUUGAGCCGCUCACUGGAGGAGCUCGAGGCCCUGCUUAGCGUCAAGGACCAGGAGAUACACAGUCUACAAAGCAAGAAAACUGAUGUGGGACAACUGGAGAGGGAGAGGGAAGAAGCUAUUGAGAGACUCCAGGACCUUGAGAGGCGAAACACAGAGCUGGAGGGUCAAGUUCACAGCGCUGAAAAGACACUGGCCUCCAGCAAGGACGAGCGAGAGAAAGCGGAAGUCGAGGUCCAACACAUCCUGGAAGCUCUCGAUGUUAAAAUUUGCGACCUGAAUGACCUGAGACAAAAUUUGGCCAAACUGAUCGAUAAGUAGUCCCGAUCUCAGGCGGGCUGCAUCUCCACAGUCGAGACGUGGUCACUCUCGUUUGGUUUCUACCGGCAGAUCCUUAAAGGUGCAAUGCACAGAAUAAACCAGCUGUAUUCUUACAUAGACAGUACAUGAUCUGAUUUGUAUCUAAGGCUACCUUCACUGUUUUGCUUUGGCACUAUGGUCUGGAGAAUCUGAAUUGAAAAAAGGUACUUGGUUUGCACUUUGGUACAGUUUGCUCCGCAGUCACAUUAGUAGUUUUUAGUCGUCAUGGGAACAAACAGACUUUACUUUGAUGAGGUUGGCCAUGGAGUUUCAUUUGUAGUUUAGUGUGUUUAGUUUGUGACCAAAAUAGGUGUGUCCCCAAUGAUGUGCAUUGUUAGCUAGCUCAUAUUAACUUUUUUCUUGUGUUAUAAUGCACAGAAAAGUAAAUAAAUAGAAAUAAAAUAUGUUUUCAUGUAUCACAUAAGGAUUGUGAAUGGUGGGCAAAAUUUUAAAAGUGCAGUUCCCCUUUAAAUAUGAACUUUCUGUUAAAAUAACUAAAUCAGUCAUUUGGAUGAAAUGUCAGGAAGAAUUUGGUAUUUGAUUCCAUGUACAUGUUAUAACUAGGGAUCGACCGAUAUGUUUUUUUGGGGGGCCGAUGCCGAUUUUCACCCAUUAAUUAUCACCCUUAGCCGAUGGCCGAUUUUGCUUGGGUCGAUAUUGCUUUUGAUCCCUCAAUUUACAUGAAAAAAUGACCAUGAUAACAAAUAUUACCGGUCUCAUGUUUAAACAAAUAUUUAUUGAAAUGUAAACACUGAACACAGAAGGAUUCAGCUUUCUUAAACACAUUUAAACGGCUAAAAGGAAUAAAUAUUCAACCAUGUGCAAAACAUUUCUGUCGUAGUUUAAAUUUAUCUAGCAUCGAUGUGAUGACUGCUCCUACGCGCGUAUCGGCCGAUUCCGAUAGAAGGGAAAAAACGCAAAUAUCGACCCAAUAUAUAUCGCCCGGCCGAUGUAUCGGUCGAUCUUUAGUUAUAACCCUGAAAAAGGGGGAAAUAUGUGAAUAAGGAUGGCCGGAUAUGAUGUCUCCCUCUGGCAUCCUCAUCCAGAAUGCUUUUAUUUUAUUUAUUUCACACACAAAAAAAAACAUGUAUGUCAAGCACACGGCAGCCAUUUUGUUUACCACAAGCAAAUCAACAACACAACAGUGUCCCCUUCUACUUUUUCAGACAACUCAAACCCAAAAUAUUUGCAUGUUAUUUUAAACAUCCAAAUAAAUAACAUAUACUGUACAUGUCUACCUAAACAAAUACACAUAUUAAACAUAAACCGUGCCAUUACCCUCCUAAAAGACAUCGGUUACCUAGCUUACAGUACCAUGUAGCAUCUACAACGAGGUACCAAAUUAUGUCUCAAAAAGUUUCCUCAAUGCGUCAAACAUGCUUAAAAAUGUUGCAGCACAGCAAUGAGUACAUUUAAUACCCGUGACAUACCUGAAAAGAGGGAAAUAUGUGAAUAAGGAUGGCCGGAUAUGAUUAUUAUUUUAUUUAUUUCACACAUACAAAAAAACAUGUAUGUUAAGCACACGGUAGCCAUUUUGUUUCCCACAAGUAGACCUACACAGCAAAUCAACAAGACAACAAACAGUGUCCCUUUCUACUUUUUUCAGACAACUCAAACAUAAAAUAUUUGCAUGUUAUUUUAAACAUCCAAAGAAAGAACAUAUAUUGUACAUGUCUACCUAAACAAAUAAAAAUAUUAAACAUAUUACCCUCCUAACAGACGUCGGUUAGCUAGCUAGCUUACAGUACCAUGUAGCAUCUACAAAGAGGUACCAAAUUAUGUCUCAAAAAGUUUCCGCAAUGCGCCAAAUAUGCUUAAAAAUGUUGCAGCACAGCAAUGAGUACAUUUAAUACCCGUGACAUACCUGAAAAUGGGGAAAUAUGUGAAUAAGGACGGCCGGAUACGAUGUCUCCCUCUGGCAUCCUCAUUCAAAAUGGAGCGCCGCGGCUAAGAGCUCCCCCUUUCGGCUUUAGCAGACAUAGGCAAUCGAUCCCCGAUUAAUUGAUUCAGACUGCAUUGUAAAUCAAUUAUAAAUAGACGCGACUUUUUAGUGAGCACCUAGCAACACAAACAAUAUAUCACGUGAGAUCGAGAUGUAUAAUAACAAUAAUGGCGUCACAUUUCUGAGUCAUUUCAGUGUCAUCCUCUCCCCCGACUGUGGAAAUGCACCCCACUGGAGUUGGGUGACAGGAGGGGGGGAAAAGUCUAAUCGAACCGCUGCUCUACUAUCUACUUAAUUCCUUGUUGGUAUUUGCUCCAUGAAAACACGGCAGCAAAGAUGCUGCUCAAUUCAAGUGGCGGGUUGCCAGCUUUAUUCCCUUUUUAUCCCCCUCCAUUUCAUGUUUGUGCCAAAUUUGAUUUUGUUUUCUUCUGUUAAAUGUUUAGAGAAGCAGUUUCAACACCUCCUCUGUAAUGUGAAACUGUUUUAGUGUGUGUGUGUGUGUGUGUGUGUGUGUGUGUGUGUGUGUGUGUGUGUGCUCCCUAUACUGUUAAGAAGCACAACUCUUAUUAGUUUACUAUAGGGGUACUUUUCCAAUUCAAUAAGCUUAUGGAGAAACCUAGCACCUGUAAGGAUGCGAUUUAACCAUCUUUUAUUAUAAACAUUUUUUUUAAAGAAGGGGACUGUUGAUUUUUACAAGCACUAACUGUUUCUGAAUGCUAAUUUUAUGCCCCAAGUUUCACUGUGAUUUCAGCACGUUCAGCUUUACAUUUCAUCAUUUCACCCGUCUGGCGGUUCGGACCUCAGCAGCCACAUGCAAACGUCUUUUAAUCAGCAAUAUACGUUUGUAGUUUCUCACUAUUUAUUUAGUUAGGGGUGUUUUUUUUUAUCGGCCUACAGCACAUUGUAAAAAAAAAAAACAUUCAUUCAUUCAUUUUUGGACUGGUUGCCAGCCAAUCACAGGGCACAUAUAGACAAACAACCAUUCACACUCACAUUCAUACCUAUGGACAAUUUGGAGUCGCCAAUUAACCUAGCAUGUUUUUGGAAUGUGGGAGAAAACCCAGGCAUGCACGGGGAGAACAUGCAAACUCCACACAGAGAUGUCAGAGUGUGGGGAAAGACAAAAUAAGAAGCCAAAAAGUUACCACUUCCACACAAAAUAGGAGGAGAACUCAUUGAUUGAUUCAUUCAUUUUCUACCGCUUAUCCUCACGAGGGUCGCAGGGGGUGCUGGAGCCUAUCCCAGCUGUCUUCAGGCGAGAGGCGGGGUACACCCUGGACUGGUGGCCAGUCAAUCACAGGGCACAUAUAGACAAACAACCAUUCACACUCACAUUCAUACCUAUGGACAAUUUGGAGUCGCUAAUUAACCUAGCAUGUUUUUGGAAUGUGGGAGGAAACCGGCGUACCCGGAGAAAACCCACGCAUGCACGGGGAGAACAUGCAAACUCCACAUAGAGAUGGCAGAGGGUGGGGAAAGACAAAAUAAGAGGCCAAAAAGUUACCACUUCCACACAAAAUAGGAGAACUCAUUCAUUCAUUCAUUUUCUACCGCUUGUCCUCACGAGGGUCGCGGAGGGUGCUGGAGCCUAUCCCAGCUGUCUUCGGUACACUCUGGACUGGUGGCCAGCCAAUCACAGGGCACAAUCGCUAAUUAACCUAGCAUGUUUUUGGAAUGUGGGAGGAAACCGGAGUACCCGGAGAAAACCCACGCAUGCACAGGGAGAACAUGCAAACUCCACGCAGAGAUGGCCGAGGGUGGGAUUGAACUCGGGUCUCCUAGCUGUGAGGCCUGCGCGCUAACCACUUUUCCCCCGUGCAGCCUGUAAAAAACAAUGUAGUGAAAAUAUUAAAUUAAUGAAUAAUGAAAUAAUGAAAAAAAUUGGGGGGAAUGAGGUUGUAGUAAAAAAAAUUAUAAUACUAUGUGAAUAAAAUCAUAAUAUAAAAAGAGAAGAAAAAAAUUGAAAUAUUUGGAAAUAAUAAUAAAUAAAAAUAAAAUAAAAUGAAAUAAAAUAAAAUAAAAUAAAAUAAAAUAAAAUUAAAUUAAAUUAAAUUAAAUUAAAUUAAAUUAAAUUAAAUUAAAUUAAAUUAAAUUAAAUUAAAUUAAAUUAAAUUAAAUUAAAUUAAAUUAAAUUAAAUUAAAUUAAAAGUGGGGAAAAAAUUUGUACCAAUAAUACACAAUUUCAUCUGUAUUACAAAACUGAGAUGUAUUUUUUUCUUGAAAUAUUUUUAAAUUGUUAGCCUAUCUGUAUCUGUUAGCAUACAAAAUAAAGUAGCCCUUGCAUCCAUGUUUGGACACCCGACGCUACACACGAUAAAUCAUUUUUUUCUCUUCAUUUGCACUUUUGACACAUCUUGAGAGGUUCUGACAAAUUUGUAAGGUAAUACCUCUUCACGUAUUAUUUUCUAGGUCGAGUAUUACUGUAGAAAUCCAUCCAAGCUUGUAUUUUUACAUGUAUGGAACUGCUUUGUUUAACCAUUGAUAGUACCUGUUUUUUGUGCUUGUUACACUCUGGAGUAAAACCUUGAAGUAUUUCAACAAUGGAACACAGAACCAAAGAGGCGUUACCACCUAAACUGGAAUGAUAGAGCACAUCACCUUCUUCACCAAUAACGAAAUGACCUUCUUUCGACUGCAUUUAUUUUACUUGAGUUUUUACAUAAAUGCUUCUUAGCUUCUAACAGUCUUGUUGGAUUUUUUUUUUUUUAAUGGUAAUUUGGGAAAACCUUGUAAUGACUUUUUCAAGGUCACAAACCUGGAGUGAAAGUUGAGUUUCUAUGCGAGAUUGAGGCUUAUAUUUGUAAAGAAGUAUUGAAGCAUUAAAAUUCAGCCAUGCUUGACACAGCUCUUAUUCUUUAU